AUGGGUACCACGGUCGUCUCAACACUCAACUUUGGAAAUCAGUCUUACGAUAUUGCGCACAACCUCGGGCUCGCUACCUUUGAGUAUACGUGUCCAACCGUUUGCUCCCGCUGGAUCGAGGCACUGAGGCAAACUAUCACAGGAAUACAAGUUGUGCGAAUGCAGGGGUCUACGUGCGGCCCUGCGCAGACAACGCUUAGCACGAUUCCAAACAUCCUCAACAUCAUCGUCUUUCACGAAUACCCCGACACGGACAUCCUACUUAGCGGUCAAGCUGCGAUGAACGCAGGACAAAAUGGGUCAUUGGAGAUGUAA